AAAAUACUUGAGAAAUGUCACUUUUACUUGGUGAAUGCUAGUUCUAAAGUUGCGAUGUUUGAUUGGAUGGUUGGGUUGAGGUCACCGAAAAGUAACCGGACGAGUAAAAAAGAUCUGCCGACAUAACCCACUGGACUGUCUUGUUUCUUAUUUUCGAUAGUUUGAUUUUUUUUGUUCCGCAGUAAGGAUGUGGUGCCUCUUUCUUACAUGGCUGGCGGCAGUGUCUUUGCAGGUCAGUGAAGCACAAUAUAGCAGUUACCAUAGACGAGUAUAUGUUAAUGGAAGACCAAUUUAUCCAUUGCAUUCCAUUAGAACUUCUGGUUCUUCUCUCAAUCCCGUUCAUCGCCCUUUAACUAGUACUGCUGACACUGAGCCUGUGCAGUUGGACAUAUAUUACGAAACAAAUUGUCCAGACAGUAUGCGAUUCGUAACACAGCAAUUAUAUCCUCUGUAUCAAGAGAUGAAGAAUUCUCUCAAGAUUCGUUUGAUACCCUUUGGCAAAGGAACAGCUUAUUUUAACGAAGUUUCCAAGCAAUAUGAUUUCAACUGUCACCAUGGGCCUGCUGAAUGUCUGGGGAAUACAGUACAGAGUUGCGUUAUUUCCUUGUAUCCACAACCGGAAGAUCAUAUGAAUUUAGUUAAUUGCAUGGAGGCUUAUCCCAGACCCUCUUCAAGUGGUUCUAAGUGUGCUAAACGACUUGGCUUAGACUGGAACAAAAUUUCUAAGUGUGCUGAUGGUGAGGAAGGAAAUAGACUACUCUAUGAGAACUACAAGAUUACAAAUGCUUUAAGUCCUCGACUUAAUUUUGUGCCAUGGAUUGUUAUUAAUAGAGUGUAUACUAGAGAUCAGCAAAGACGAGGCCUCCGAAACUUAAAAGAGGUUGUGUGUGAAAACAUGAAAAAUAAUCAUCCAAAAUGUGGGAAGACCUUUUAUUAAGAAUG